AUGAAACUUAUUGCAAAUCGUUUUGGGUUUCUUGUCACCCACUGUGUGGUGCAUCUUUUGUUUUACGUUGUUCCAGUAACAUUAUUAAACCUGUUUUUCCGCUGGCCUAUAACUUUUCUUGAGUGGAUGAUUCAGGAGGAGGAGCUCACGUUUUCUUCGCAGAAGGACCGGCGCAUUGCUACCGUCAGUUCUCUCCGCAAUUCGACCGUCUAUGACUCCUUUGGUCUGGGCUCGUAUAAGUAUUAUGAGGGCCCUAUGUACAGUGGACAUGUACAUACCAUUCUUGGAGCUCGACGUCCCCACUGUAGGGUGGAGUACAUCCGUGAGAAGGUGAUCGCGGGGGAUGGCAACCCACUCUUUAUUGACUGCUUACCACCGGUGUUAUCUGGUGACGCACAAGUGAGGGGAUUGGUGCUGAUUCUCCCGGGGCUUUUGAGUUCUUCACGGAGCGUUUAUGUCCAGCGUAUGGCGAAUGUUCUCUCGAGAGAGGGUUUUUUUGUCGGGGUUUUGAAUGCGCGUGGCGUUGGGGAUACACCACUGGAAAAAGCCCAGAUUUUUAGUGCCGUGUACACUGCAGAUUUGCGCCAUGUGCUAAAAAUGCAUUUUAACCCGACACA